CUUGCAACGGCGUGGCGCAGGCGCAUGUAUGAACUCGUGGGGCGCGGUCAUGCCAGACCCGGCCCAGCAGCAGGUGGCGAGACACCCGAGACUCGUAUAACUGCCCUCGUUGCUGCCUGCCUGGGUUCGUCGCCAUCUCCGUCCUCUGUCUCGCUGUCCGCCAUGCUGACCUCCAAGCUGCUCGUUGUCUCGCUGAUCGCUCCCUUGGCCCUUGGCUUCUCGCUCGGCCCCAACAAGGCCUCUCCCGUCGCCGCCGCGGGGUCUCUUACGUUUGUCGAUGGCUCCAACUCAACUACACCCACGACCAACUCCAACGGUACCCACCACUAUGUCCUCCGCCCGCUGAGCGACCAGGAGCUGCAGCACCUCGAGGAGACCGACAAGCAAGCCUACGAAGAGUAUCUCAAGCUCGAGAAGGACCCCAAAUUCCAAGAAAAGAUCCGCAAGGCCCAGGACUACCUCGACAAGAUCCAGCAGUCCGGCAUCGAUCCCCUGACCCUGUUCCAGGACGACUCCAUCCCCAACGACCAUAUCCUGCGUGUCAUCUUUCAAGAAGAAAACAUCGAUGACUCUCACCAUGCCGCCUUGGCCGAGGCUGCUCUACGAAGCACCCCAAGCAACGGCCGAGCCGCCACCGAGCCUCAGCGCUUUGAUGCUCGUGACUAUGGCUGGGUGACCUCGAUCAAGGACCAGGGCCAGUGCGGCUCGUGCGUUGCCUUUGCCACCGCCUCGACCCUGGAAACCACCUGGAGGGUCCUCACCAAGACCGAUGGCACCGUUUCCGAGGCCGAUCUCUUCUUCUGCCUCGGCCCCCACUAUCCUCUUCAUGGGCAUGCCCCCCGAUGCAGCACCGGAUGGGAUCAAGUUCUUGCCGCCGAGGCCGUUGUGCAGUAUGGCGUCGUGCCCCGGGCCUGCUAUCCCUAUCCCGCCAAUUUGGAUUCGGAUCUGCCGUGUCAGUCGACGCAUGUCUCGCAGGCCUGCACUACCCGCACCCGUUUCAACGCGGUGACUCUGAGCUCGUUCUCGGCCAUCCGCCAGCACAUCAUGACAUACGGUGCUGUUGCCACCGGAUUCAUCGUCAACGAGGACUUCCAAAAUCCCAGUUCUACCGCCCAUAACCGCGUCUACGUCCCAUCCGCCGGUACCAAGAAGGUUGGCGGCCACGCCAUCAGCUGCAUCGGCUGGGACGACAGCGUCCGGGCUUGGCUCUGCAAGAACUCUUGGGGCACCAACUGGGGAACCGAGGGCUUCUUCUGGAUCCGAUACGGCGUCUCUGGUCUCAUGGGCACCUCUGGCCCGAGCAGCGAAGAUGCUGUUGUUGGCUACACCAGUCUGCGCAAAUAGAGCGAUGAUCUGGAGACAUUUAUCUGCCAUACGAGGCAAUUUGAGCUUACAGCGUACAGUGUACCCAUUUCUAAACGUAACACCCUCCCUUGAGUAAAGGUUGGCGUCGAUUUCUAGUCCUGAAUAUACACCAUCCAUCGCGA